AAUCGGAGCCUCCCCUCCAAGCGCAGCUCCGUAUGCCGUAUCCACCAAAGCGUGGAGAAAGCAAAGCGGCCGCGCUCUGCCGCAGGCUUCGAUUCGAGCGGUCAGUACUCAGCACCCUCUCACGCCGCCGCCGCCGCGGCGCGAACAUGAAGGCCAUAGGGAACGGCGGAGAGUGGUGGUGGAACCUCCCGUCUCUCCGCCGCAAGUCUGACUCCCGUCGACGCGGCCGCCGCAACACUGACCCCCGCGGCCGCCGCCGCGGUCCCCCACGGGAGCCGCUCUCGUCCUCCUCCUCCUCGGAGUCCAUCGAGCAGGGUGGCGGCUGGCCCAUCGAAUUCCCCUUCAGGCAGGCUGUCACGGCCGCCUCUCUCACCUUCACCGGCGACACAAUCGCGCAAGUCCGCAGCCGCAUCGUCGACCGCCGAAGAUGCUGCCCCGACUCCAACACCAAGGAACUCAUACCAGACAUAUUGCUGAACCAUGAUUGGAUUCGUGCACUUCGUAUGGCUUCCUAUGGAUUUCUUCUUUAUGGUCCAGGUUCAUAUGAAUGGUAUCAGCUCCUUGAUCGAUGCAUGCCCAAGCAGACAUUUGUAAAUUUGUCUGCUAAGGUCAUCCUGAACCAGAUCGUGCUUGGUCCUUGUGUUAUUGCUGUAAUUUUUGCUUGGAACAACUUAUGGUUGGGGAAACUUUCAGAACUCCCAUCCAAAUAUCAGAAUGAUGCCCUUCCUACUCUUCUAUACGGGUUUAAGUUUUGGAUUCCCGUAUCGAUUGUCAACUUUGGGGUGAUUCCUUUGCCUGCUCGUGUCGCCUUCAUGUCCUCUUGUUCCAUUUUUUGGAACUUUUAUCUGUCGACCACAAUGAGCAAAUGAAACCUCCAGUUAGUUGUCAGUUGCCAACCUAUCUGGAACGAACAAUCUCAUAUGGACCCUGAUACUCUGCAAUUUUGCUCAGUUUGGUUGGGUUCAUUACACAGAGGAGCAUCUGAAGAAGUUAGUUUCAGCAGGCAUAACAGUGUUAGGUCUAUCUUUGGACAGUCCUUGUGGUGUAGUGACAUUAAACUGUGAGGCCUUACUCAGAUGUUGAUGAGCGUAAAGGUCAAUUCAGCAGGCAUAACAGUGUUAGGUCUAUCUUUGGACAGUCCUUGUUGUGUAAUCAUGCAUGGAGCAUUUGUCUCUAUUUUGAAUUCAAAAAAAUGUAGUUGAGUUUA